UGCAACGAGAGACGAGUCUUAAUUCGGGGCUACAGGAUUGCGAGAGAGAAAGAGAGAAAAAAAAGUUUGCUCUACAGCGAUCCAGCUCGUAGCGACAUCACGGUGCAAGCCGACUCCAAGUGCCGUUCACCGGGCUAUGCGAGAGUAAAUGCCGGGGCAAUGUCCCGUCGCAAGCAGGUGAACCCGCAGCACUUAUCGUUGUCACAUCGGGAAACAAUAGAAUCAGCAGCAGAAACCAAUCAUGAGUCGAGGGCUGGAUCUCCGCCUCCAGAGUCGGCCACUCCCAGUCCCAGCCCACGGAGGGCGGGACCCGGGGAGCAUGACCUGCUGACUUGCGGCCAGUGCCAGACCAACUUCCCUCUGGGGGACAUCCUGGUCUUCAUCGAGCACAAGAGGCGCUUGUGCCGGGGGGCCGGCAUCGGUCCAAGGUCCUUCUCCAAACCCGGGGAGAACGGCGGGCCCCUCUCGGCCAGGGCCAGGUCCUUGGACCUGGGCAGGGGGCCCGUACCGGUGGAGGUUGGCAUCCAGACCACCCCGGGAGGAGAGGGGAACGAGGAGAGGAGGCUGACUCCGGCCAAGGGAAUCUGCCCCAAGCAGGAGAGAGGAGGUGAGUUGUUGUGGCGGUGGUGGUGUUGGUGGGGGGGGGGGGGCAUCUCGAAGGGAUGAUGAGCAUCAGAAAGUGAAACGCGAUUGGAGGGGUUUUACAUGGCUGGUACUUCCUGUGAAGUGAUAGCCUUGUUUUUUUUGGUUUGGCGGUGGUGGACCGGGCUGUGAGUCUCGGAAGAUAUUCAAAUAUAGUUCAAAUACGGGAAGAUUAUGUUUUCUGAAAGGGUUGAGGGGGCAGGGGAGAAUAAGAAGAAAUUUGAAUUUCCCGUCAAAAGAAGAGUUUUUUCCGUUGCACGCAUUGCAAACUCAAAGAUGCGCCAUAAAGGGCUGCUUUAAAGUGUAAAAAGACGUCAACGUACAGCUGAUGUGGCCAGGGCAACGGUUUGAGAGGCCAGGCUGAUAUCAAGUCGUUUUGCAGCACUUGUUCAACAACAGGAAGCCUACACACCUGCUCACACACACCAAACUGUCACAGUCGCCUUAGAAGUACACUAAGAAUGUACACAGGUGUGUACAGUGGCCCGCACACAGUCUUGGCACACAGAAACACACACACACACACACGCACACGCAUACACACACACACACACACACACACACACACACACGCACACGCACACGCACACACACACACACACACACACACACACACACACACACACACACACACACAGAUUCCCACUGUGAUACGUUAAUAUGCAGUUUGUAAUAGAAAACGUAUGAACACACUUGGCCUCUCUCACAAGAUUCUUUUAACCAAGCAGAUAAAUACAUGCAUGUGCACACACACACACACACACACACACACACAGAUACACACACACACACACACACACAGAUACACACACACACACACACACACACACACACACACACACACACACACACACACACACACAGAUACACACACACACACACACACACACACACACACACACACACAGACACACGCACGCACACAGCCAGACACCUCUCACCUGUCCAAGACAGAUAGCUCCCUUAAAGGAAUCCCAGCUUCUAGUUAUUUUGACACUGGCCUUCAGGAAGGAUUAAUGCAUUUCUGGAUGAUUUCAUUAGAGUGACGGAGAGCUGAGCCCACAUGCGCUUAAAGUGAAACAUCACACACACACACACACACACACACACACACACACACACACACACACACACACACACACACACAGACACAGACACAGACACACACACACACACACACACACACACACACACACACACACACACACACACACACACACACACACACACACACUCCCAGACAGGCAGACAGAAAGACUGACAGACAAAAAGAGGGGGCACACACACUACACACACACUACACACACACGCACACACACAGGCCUGAAGGACUUGUUCUGCUGAAACCAAUUUUGCACGGCAGCAGGUGAUAGAGAAGCCGCCCCUAGUGUGCACAUGCAUGGUUGCCAGUGGUCCUUCUGUGUGUGUGUGUGUGUGUGUGUGUAUGCUCUGUUGUCCUUUUGUGUGUUGCACGGCGUGUGUGUAUUGUGUCUGUGUGUGAGCGGUAGAAAGAGAGAGAGCGUGUGAGCGCGCAGGCAUCGGAAAUCCUGCAGCAAAAAAAAAAGAAGUAAGACAGAAAGAAAAAAGCUGAUUAAAAUUCAUUGCUCUGUGCAGUGCGGAGAAAGGGAUUAAUUGUAAAGUAAGUUCAUCUGGCUGAGGGCUUGUGGGGGUGGGACUAAGCCCAGCGCUGCCAGCAGGGCUCCACAGGGGGGAGGUACAUAUCGCUCCUAGCGGCCGUCUCCCCUCAUAACUUUGGAUAGGUACCUCCCCCCCCUCCUCCUAGCACCCCCACACAGCCCCGGUCGGGCUGGGGUAGGAUGUCCGGGAUUAGCGCUCUUGCGGUCGGCCUUCCAGAGACUUCCAGAGACGAAGAGGGAGGAGGAAGGUGAAUGAGUCAUUUGUGAUGUGAUAUCGGUUGUGAGGAGAAAAAUUAUGAUAAAAGAAAGUGUAGUAAGAUAUAGACCUUGAGAAAGCCUUUAUACAAAGGAGGAAGAGCGCCGCACCAAAGGCAUUUCCAAUUUGUCAGGGCCAUAACUAAUUGACCUGAUGAUGAUGAAUUAAUGUCAUUUAAUAUCUUGAUGUAUGAUUGGAAUAUUGUUAGCUAUUUCCAUUUGAGGGCGAGGGGAUUGUAGUGUAAUAACAAUAUAGUUCAAGUUAAACCAGUAACUUCUUGAGACACUUUAGUCAAAUUUUUCGGUAAGGCGUUUCCACCGCCCUUCGUUUCAUCCAUUCUCGGCCGAACAUCAUCGGUAAUUUCAGACAAAUAAAGACCAGUGGAUUCAAACCAUAGAGGGCAGUUAAUCACCCCUGAAUGGAACUGCAUAAUUAAACCAAGAAGAGGCAGCCUGAUUACAACAGUCUAUUUCACUGACAUCAGUCAAGAGGCCGCAUCAAUAUCAAGUUUGACAAUAUUUCCCGAGCACUUCGUUCAUUGACAUGGAUUCUAAAGUACCUGUGGGUAAUUAUAACUCGUAUUGUAGUUUCACUGUCUAAUGAACCCCUAGCCCGACAUUUUUCAUCAAGUAGCGUAUUGCUAAGAGGCUGCCGGGUGCUUCAGAGAAGCUAUUGGGUGAUGAGGAAUUUGUUUUUAUUGGACUUGAUGAGUCAUCCUGAAAUCCAACGUGUCAGUCACACUGUUAGUCAGCCAGCCGGUAAGACAGCCGGCCAAACCAGACAGCAAACCCAAAAAUGCCAGCGUCGCGGCCAGCAGCCUGUGUGUUAAAAGCGUUUCACUUAUCAGCAGUGAAACAGGAACACGAAAGACACUCAAAGCCAGAAAUGAAACGGAGCAAGGGAGAGAGCUUUGUUCAACGCGUUCGAUUGCCACUCAAAGCAAGUCUUAAGUUUCCACCAAAUUAGAUUACAUUUAAUAGGUCUAAUUAAGUCCAGUGCAGUUCACACGCAGACACACACAUACACACACUUGCACGCAAAACACACAAUCUGCAUCCUCUCUCUGUGUGUGCACAAGUAAUUAUUAGCCAGUGCAGGCACACAUGUAUACCUGCACCUACGCCAGUGUACUCAGACCACUUACUUGAGUAAAAGUUGAGAUACCUAGAGUGGUAUAUUACUCCAGUAAGAGUGGAAGUACUCCCUUUAAACGUCGACUUCAGUAAAAGUAUAAAAGUACCUGGCUUCAAAUACUUAAGCAUCAAAAGUAAAAGUUAUUUGGUGUAAUGUAGUUCCAAUGUCUUGCUAUGUCCUUUAUACACUCAGUCAAAUCAUUUAAGGUUAACAAAAACCACUAACAACACUCUAAAUACAAUGUUUUCUAUUUGUGAUAUCUGAUACUGAUAUCAUCUGAAACUAGAAAAUGCAUUUCCUGCAGAAAGUGAGUGCUGUAGAGCAGAGUGAGGUAGAUAAAUCUCUUUUAGUAAAGCCACAUAGAUGUUGAGUUUGUACAGUCCCACCCCCUGCGACCCAAAAAAUCUGAAACAACAAUGGGCUACAAAUAGUGUAAAACACAUGGAUAAUAUUAUUGUUGCACAACUCAAGUGGGUUAUGCAUGUUGUAGAGUUAAAUGGUGUGUGUGUGUGUGUGUGUGUGUGUGUGUGUGUGUGUGUGUGUGUGUGUGUGUGUGUGUGUGUGUGUGUGUGUGUGUGUGUGUGUGUGUGUGUGUGUGUGUGUGUGUGUGUGUGUAGUCAUGCAUAAAAUGAUACGACUGGUGCAGAGGUUUGAGUGACACUGAUCUGAUGGUCCUCCCUUGGACAUAUACUAUUGGACCGGCAAGCAUAGUUUUUAGCAUUACACUUCUACCGGUACACCAGGAUAUGUAGAAAGCUACUAGCUUCUAGCCAUAUAAACGGGGGUCCCCACAGACAAACGCUUGAUAUAUAACUAUCAUAUUUCCAAUCGAUUAAUAAUUUUAACGUAUAUAACGUUUAAGCUUGACAUGGUGUUUCUAGGUUAAAUGUUGACGUUGUUUAGGCUCCGUGACGUCCGCAAUGGUUAGCUGUGUCUAUGGUCACGCAUGCAUGUCGUGGAAAGGACCGUUUAUGGAACGACAGGUUUUUGGAAGGUAGUGGAGUAAAAAGUAUGAUUUUCCCCUAUGAAAUGUAGUUGAGAAAACUUAUAAAGUCUCACAAAAUAAUGAUACUCGAGUAAAGUAUAGAUACGCUAAAAAGUUACUCAAGUACAGUAACAAAUUACUUGUACUUCGUCACUGUCCACCACUGACCUACACACACACACACACACACACACACACACACACACACACACACACACACACACACACACACACACACACACUCAUAUACACACACACACACACACACACACAAACACACACACACACAGGUUCACGUAAAUGUCCUGGGUAGCCGCGAGAGUGAAGUCCUCGUAGAGUUAACCUUUAGCCAUCUCUUGUCACCUGCUGCUGCUCGCCCGGCUUGAUGUUCAAGCCUCUCUGUGUUUAUAACAUCCUGUUUGGCCGUGGCGUCUGCUUGCUUAUCCUGCAAACAUGCUGCAAGGCAAGCACAUUGAACUCUUAGAGAAACGCACACGCAUACACAGGCGCACACAGACAUGCACCCGCACACACGUGCACAAUCGCACUUGCACCUGCGUGCACACAAAUCUAUAAUUUGAAUGAAAAAUGGCCCAUUUUUGACCUCUUUUUUUUCUCAAGAUUCUUUUGCUGAUGCAUGCACUGAAUGUGUUUGUGUGUGUGUGUGUGCGUGUGUGUGUGUGUGUGUGUCUGCGUAUGUGUGUGUGUGUGUGUGUGUGUGUGUGUGUGUGUGUGUGUGUGUGUGUGUGUGCGGCAGUGUGUGUGUGUGCGGCAGUGUGUGUGUGUGUUUGUAUGUGUGUGAGCUGGUGUUGGUGUUUAAUUUUGUGCAUAUGUGCAUGUGGGCCUGGAUAUGCAUCGUUUCAGGCUGUGUGUGUCUAUGUUGCUCACAAGCACACACACACACACACGCACACACACACACACACACACACACACACACACACACACACACACACACACACACACACACACACACACACACACACACACACACACACA